UUGAUGCGCAUUGACGGAUAUUGCGUCACUGUUGCUUUAAAGUCCGUUUCGAUCCGAACCAGGACAAACAAGAGACAGAUGGACCCGUCCGGACCGUGAUCUGGACCCAACCCGGACUAAACCCGGACUAAACCUGGACCUUCCCUCGGACCUGGGACCGGGCCGGAGCCGGAGCCGGGGUUUGGUCCGGAUCGCCGCGGGAGUCCCAGCGGAGCGGAGCGGCCUCAGCAGCCGGUCCAAGAUGGCGGACGCUGACGUGUCACUGCCCCCUCUGCACUCGCCCCCCGUCGCCAUGGAGACGGACCUGAGCCCCCCCACAGUGAUCGACCCAGAAGUGGCUCUGAAGGCCUGUCAAGAAGUUCUCCUCAAAGUCCAGCUUCAGAACCAGGACCACUUAGACCAGGACCAAGACCAAGACCAGGACCACUUAGACCAGGACCAAGACCAGGACCAAGACCAGGACCAAGACCAGGACCAAGACCAGGACCAAGACCAGGACCAAGACCUCUCAGAACCCAAUCAGAACCAUCAGCACUACCAAAGUCCAGACCAGAACCACGACUCUCACACUACAGAACCCAAUCAGAACCAGAGACCGGACCAGAGACCGGACCAGAGACCGGACCAGAGACCGGACCAGAGACCGGACCAGAGACCGGACCAGAGGGCGUGGCUGAUCGCGGAGGAGGAGGAGGAGGAGGCCUCGGUCCAGACGUCCAAACAGUCGUGGCUCUUGCGUCUGUUCGAGUCGAAGCUGUUUGACGUUUCCAUGGCGAUCUCGUACCUGUACAAGUCGAAGGAGCCGGGAGUGCAGGCGUACAUCGGGAACCGCCUCUUCAGCUUCCCCGACGACGACGCCGAGUUCUACCUGCCCCAGCUCCUCAGCAUGUACGUACACAUGGACACGGAGGUCGGCGACGCCAUCAGACCCUACCUGCUACACAGGUGUCGAGGCUCCAUCACGUUCUCGCUGUUGUCGGCGUGGCUCCUGGGCGCCUACUCCAGCGACAUGCACAUCUCCACCCAGAGACACUCCCGAGGAACCAAACUGCGCCGCCUCAUCCUGUCCGACGAGCUGAAGCCCAACCACAACCAGAACAACCACAACUGUAACCACGCCAGCCACCACGCCAACCACCACGUUAACCACCACGCCAACCACCACGCCGGCCACGCCCACCACGACACGCACACAUGCACAGGUCUUCGGGAUGAGGUUUUCUUGGCGUCUCCGUCUCGCCGGACUCACCAGCGCUCCAAGUCCGACGCGUGCACCGCCACGAGCGUGCACGGAGCGGCCGCCAGCGUGCACGGAGCAGCCGCGAGCGUGCACGGAGCGGCACUGAGGAGGACCGGAAGUAACCCCCGAGUGGAACAUCUGCACGAAGAGCCCGAGCGCUUGCGUCCGCAGAGAGACUUCGUGAAGUCGUUGCUCUGCAUCGGGAAGCGUUUGGCGACUCUUCCCACGAAGGAGCAGAAAACUCAGCGUCUGAUCUCAGAACUUUCUCUGCUCAACCACAAACUGCCGGCGCGAGUCUGGCUCCCGACCGCCGACCACCAGCACCACGUGGUCCGAGUGCCGCACACGCAGGCCGUCGUACUCAACUCCAAAGACAAGGCUCCGUACAUCAUCUACGUGGAGGUGGUGGAGUGCGAGGGCUUCGAGACGUCUCCGGUGCCGAUCCGGAUCCCGGAGACCCGCAUCAGAACCGCCAGAUCGGCCGAGAACCUGGACUGCGGCUCCGUAGGCGGGGCUUCGAGCGGCGGGGGCACGGCGUCGGAGGCGGGGGGCGUGGCCGGCGUGAUGACAUCAGAGCACCGAGCGGGAAGUUACUCCACCGUCCAAAACUACGACAACGACGACGAAGCCUGGGCCACGGACGACAUCGGACAACUGCAGGUCGAGGGCGAGGGUCAGACCAGCAGCAGUGAUAACCUGAGUCAGUUUUCCGUGGACAGUCUGACGAGUCUGGAGAGUAAGGAGCCCGUGUUCAUCGCGGCGGGAGACAUCCGGCGCCGUCUGUCCGAAAACCUCGCCCACACGCCCACCACCUUCAGACGAGACCCCGAGGACCCGUCCGCCGUCGCCCUCAAGGAACCCUGGGAGGAGAAAGUCCGGCGUAUCCGGGAAGGUUCUCCGUACGGGCACCUGCCGAACUGGAGGCUCCUGUCGGUGAUUGUGAAGUGUGGAGACGACCUGAGGCAGGAGCUGUUGGCCUAUCAGGUCCUGAAACAACUGCAGAGUAUCUGGCAGCAGGAGCGAGUUCCUCUCUGGAUUAAACCGUAUAAAAUCGUGGUGAUGUCGUCGGACAGCGGGAUGAUCGAGCCUGUGCUCAACGCCGUGUCCCUGCACCAGGUGAGGAAGCAGAGUCAGCUCUCGCUCCUGGAUUAUUUCCUUCAGGAACACGGCAGUUUCACCACAGAAGAGUUUCUCUCGGCCCAGAGGAACUUUGUCCAGAGCUGCGCCGGAUACAGCCUCAUCUGCUACCUCCUGCAGGUCAAAGACAGACACAACGGGAACAUCCUCCUGGACUCAGAGGGACACAUCAUCCACAUCGACUUCGGCUUCAUUUUGUCCAGUUCUCCUCGAAACCUGGGCUUCGAGACGUCGGCGUUUAAACUCACCUCAGAGUUUGUGGACGUCAUGGGAGGUCUGGACGGAGACAUGUUCAUUUAUUAUAAGAUGUUGAUGCUUCAGGGACUCAUCGCCGCUCGGAAACACAUGGAGAAGGUCCUGCAGAUCGUCGAGAUCAUGCAGCAAGGGUCGCACCUGCCCUGCUUCCACGGCUCCAGCACCAUCCGUGGGCUGAAGGAGCGUUUCCACAUGAGCCUGACGGAGGAGCAGCUGCAGGGGCUGGUGGAGCAGCUGGUGGACGGGUCCAUGAGGUCCAUCACCACCAAACUCUACGACAGCUUCCAGUACGUCACCAACGGGAUCAUGUGAGAACUCAACCGGGACUACAGCAGGACUACAGGGGUCUGUACUGGGUCUGAACCAGGUCUACAGCAGGACUCAACCAGGACUAAACUCUAUCGAAAUGUUAACGGACUUGAUCCCAAACCUGGACUAAAAGACGACUAAACGAAGGCUGAACCAAGACUGAAUCCAGACUGAAUCUGGGCUGAACCAGGACUGAACCAGGACUAGAGAAGAACAGACCCUGUUUGAGACUGAAUGAACUGAAUCUGGAUUUGCAGAAGAAGGAUGUUUAUGGAACAGACUUGAUCAGACCUUUGAACCAGGUCUGAACUGGGUCUAAACCAGGUCUGAACUGGGUCUAAACCAGGAUUAACCCAGAUUAAACCAGAGAUCUGGACUGAAUACUGUCUGCAGGUUUUACACAAAAACAUUUUCAAAGUUUCUCGUUUUAAACUGUUACAUAAACUGGACUCGACUGGAUCCAACAGCAGCGGAACGGCGGGAAAACCUGAGAAAAGAGCGGGAAAAGAGGAGGAGACAAGAUGGCGUCGGGGCUCUGAGCUGCUGAACAUUUUAUUUUAAAAACCACUAAAAUUGUAAAAAUUGCACAAACAAACUCAGCACAAAAACUCACGUCCAACAGAAUGAAAAAAACCAACUGUUUACACGUUUAAAGGGCCGUUCUACGUUCUAUGUUCAUCUGGAUCUGUGUUCUUGUGUCGUUUCGUCGUCGCACACAGACCUGGAGUUUUGUUCAUGACGUCACGAGGUGGAACAGAACGUUUAGAGCUUAAACACGACUCCAGCUCUGAGUGUGACCAGGAACAACAGAACAACAGAACUACAGAACAUUAGAACUUAAAGCUCUCAGACUCACAACUUUAAGAACUAAAAUUAAAUCUAAAAGCUCAACGUUUGUUGCACGAAACCAAAUGAAUCUAAACACAGAUGUUUCUUUUGAAAAACGCGGCGAAAUCUUUUACAUUAUUAAAGAUUUUUUUUUUUUUUUUUUUGAUGAAGCUUCAGUGAAUUUGCCAAAAGUCUGGAGACGUGUUUCGUUUUUGCCAAAAAUCAGUGAAGGAUUCAAUUUUGUGAUAAAACGACAGAAAUAAUGAAAUGACAAAAGCACUUUUAUGAAUAUUCUAAAUUACAAAGUGAAAAUCUCAAGUCAAAAUUUCACUAAAACCAAAACCAGUUACAAAUUUAUUAUAAAAACACUCAACAAACAGUUCUGACCUCCUGAACACGCUAACGUCACGCUAACAUCAAGCUAACGUCACGCUAACGUGGAGCUAACAUCAAGCUAACAUCAAGCUAACGUGGAGCUAACGUGGAGCUAACAUCAAGCUAACAUCAAAGCUAACGUGGA